GUUUAAUUAUCAAAUUCAGUAAUUUUAUUUAAAAAAGAAUAAUGGAUUCAGAUAUUUUAACGUAUUUUAGGAAUAAUAAUUCAUCUAAUUUUCAAUUCGAACUGUGUUCUGUGCCAACAUAUCUUUCAGAAAUCCUUUUUAUGAAAAAUGAUAUUCUGUUAGUUUAUAGAAAAAAUAUUGAUAAUUUAUCGUCAUGUCCAACUUCACCUGUUAGAAAUCAGCUUGACACUACAUCGGAAAAAGAUUUAACGGGAUCACCACUAAAAUUAGAAUCUGAUGUAUCAAUAGUGGAAGUUGUUUCCGAAAAUAAAUUGGAAAAAUUUUGGUUGGAUAUUGAAGAAUCACAUUUUCCAAUUCCAAUUGAGAGGGCACGAGAAUUUUUAAACACGUAUAAUUUAUUCUCUAAAACUUUAAAUGUUGAUGGAUUAUUUGUAAUUUGUGAUCGAAAUGAUCCAACUAAAGCCGCAUUUCUAGGCACAUCCUGCUAUGAAGGCUUCUUAGGUAGCCACAUCAUAACAUUUGAAGGGUACCAUCAACGAACAAAUAAAUGCGUGGCUAUUGCAACCCUUCUAGAGAAACAUGACAAACUGGCUGAAGAAAUCGAAGAAAAAAAAACUAAAAUAGAAACAAGUUGUCAAUUUGAAAUUUAUGGUCAUCGAAUAUUAGAAGAUCAAAUUGAAAGUUCACAAAUAAAUGGAUCAGUCAUGAUUGAAGUAAAUUGGAAUGAACCAAGCUACGUAGUACCUAGUAAUUCAAAAGCAGUUGGUGUGAUUCAAUGUAUCUUAGGGCAUAAUCAAAGUGAAGCUCUUCUCUUAUCAUCAUCCUUAGAUUUAUUACAAAAAUACAUAGAAAUUGCUGAAAACUAUGAAGGUGAAACAGAUGUUCAAAUUUUAAGAAAUAUUCAAUUUCAUUCAGAUGAUGAAAAUAUUGAUUUUGUUGAUUUGAUUAGUAACGUAUUUAUAAAGUGUGAUGAAAUGCAACAAUUACGUCAUUUGGCGCUAUUGGAAACUAAAGAAAAAAAUAAAUUACAAGAAGCUGUUGUUAAUCUGUUAUCGCAUCGAAGGAGUUUAGAUUUUACCGAUGAAUUAUGGAAUAUUUUGACAAAAUGUAGCUGCUAUACCGAUUUAUCGGACUGUUUUAAAUACAUAUAUAAAGAAAUAGUACAAAGUCAACUUUCGUUAUACGUAAAUGAAGAUAAUAAUACAAGGCUUGCAACAUUAAUACGUAAUAUUGGAAAAAGUACAACAAUUUUUCAAGAAUUAAGUGGAACUGAACCGAUUGAAAUGUUAAUUGAAAUUGGUGUAGAAAAAUUGCGAAAAGAUUAUUUACAUUUAUUUUUAACAUGUGACUUACCAAUUGAUGAUUACUUAAAACUGAAUAUUUUUAAGAUAGAAGAAACACGUAAUACAAAUACUAGGAAAUCUGUAGUGAAUCAAAAACGUACAUCCAUGUACUCAAAACGGUUAACGAUUUCAGCGAAUCAACAAAAUACGGUGAAUUUAAUUGUAUCCAAACAAAAAUUUACAAAAAUUGUUCAAAUUUAUGCAGUUAUUGAAAUAUUAUUGCUAACUGAAAAACAUCUAUGUACGCUGUCUAAAUCGACAUUCAAUAAUUUUGCAAAAGAAGCAUUAAAGUAUUUUGCUGGAGAAAAUUCACCAAUCAAAUCGUAUCCAGAAUUACAAAUUGAACCUUUACAAACAUUUCGAAUUGAUAUUCCAUUAAAGGAUAUUACGUUGGAUAACACGCAGGCAAUAUGGAAGAUGAUUUUGACAUCAGAAGGGGAAUAUAGUGGUUUAAAAACAACGUAUGUCCAGAGUAUAAGAAGUCUGUUCCCACCGUCAAUAUAUGAUAUAACAUUGAAAGAUAAUGCCACUCAAGAAUUAUUUAGAUAUCAUUGUAUUGAAUAUAACUAUUUCUGGAAUAAAUUUUUCUAA